GAAUUUAUUGAAGAGAUGAUGGAAUGUUUUAAAAAUCAAAAAAAGAUUCAUCGUAAAUAUGCAUUUCAAAUAAUUUUGACCGUACGGAAAAUGAUGUUAGAAUUACCAUCGUUGGUGGACGUAAAUAUACCUCAAAACUGCAAAUUAACUGUGUGCGGAGAUGUUCACGGUCAAUUCUAUGAUUUCCUCAAUAUUUUUAAGAUCAAUGGAUUACCAUCUGAAGAGAACAUGUAUCUUUUCAAUGGUGAUUUUGUUGAUCGUGGAUCAUUUAGCGUUGAGGUUAUACUGACUUUGUUCGCUUUUAAAUGGUUAUACCCAACUUCUGUCUAUUUGACGAGAGGCAACCAUGAAACGGAUGAUAUGAACAAGGUUUAUGGAUUUGAAGGGGAGGUUAAGGCUAAAUAUUCUGAACAGAUGUUUGAAUUAUUUUCCGAGACAUUUACUGCCCUUCCACUUGCACAUCUUAUCAAUCAAAAAAUCUUGGUAGUUCAUGGUGGAUUAUUCAGUAGAGAUGAUGUCACACUAGAUGAUAUUAGAAAUAUUGAUAGAAUUGACAAGAAACAGCCUGAACACGGAAGCUUAAUGUGUGAACUCCUGUGGUCUGAUCCGCAACUACUCCCGGGACGUGGCCCGAGUAAACGAGGCGUUGGAAUACAAUUUGGACCUGAUGUCACUGAAAAGUUCUUGAAACGUAAUAAUAUUGAUUUACUAAUAAGAAGUCACGAGGUCAAAGAAAAUGGUUAUGUAGUCGAACAUAACGGCAAAUGCAUUACUGUAUUCUCCGCCCCCAAUUACUGUGAUACCAUUGGAAACAAAGGAGCAUUAAUUAAUAUUACACCAGACUUACAGUUAGCUUAUAAAACAUUUGAAGCAGUGCCCCAUCCCAACGUUCGGCCUAUGGCUUAUGCGAGUCAAUUUGGUGGUUUAUUUACUUAA